AUGAUCCAACAGAUUGAAAUCCCGGAAGGCCAGACGGCGAAUCAGGCCAUCCUUGACGAAGAGACCGAUGAAGACACUGAUAUCGAGGACUUCGAGGAUGAUGACAUCAGAAUGGCUGAAGAUAACGAAGACGAGGAGCAGGGACAACAACAAAGCGAAGAGCAGGAAAAAGAAGACUACGGGAGAGCGCGGGAGCUGGAAGAUGCAUACCUAACGCCACCAGCUUCUGACCCGGAGGAAGAAGAACCACAUGGAGUCUUUUCGGUUCACUUUCCAUACGCUGACCCUAAGGGGGUGGUGGUAAAAGCCCCUUUCCAAGUCGAUCUGGAGCCGUUGCAAGCUCAGAAGAGAGUCCGGGUUCAGGAUGAUCCUGAAGAGGAGGCUCACCCUGAGGGAGAGGAAUUCACCCAGGCUCAGAGAGACCACCUGGCCUCACAUGCGGAAAUGGGCUCGUUUGACGAGGUCUUCUGGACGAAGGCUGCUGGAAAGCAGGUCCUCGGUUGCAAGUGGAUGGAUGCAGUCAAUGCUUUUGUUCAUGCCCCCCUCGACGACGAAGAAGUUAUCUUCAUGAGGAUGCCACCGGGGUUCCAGAAGAGGGGGAAAGUCCUACGCCUGAGAAAAGCUCUCUACGGACUACGCCGCUCGCCGCUCCUCUGGCAACAGAUGCUUACGUCGUCUCUAGAGGAACUGGGAUUCAGAAAAGUUCCCCAGGAGCCGUGUGUCAUGGUGAAGGGAGCGGUGACCGUCUUCUUCUACGUUGAUGACAUCAUCUGGGCAUUCCGGAAGGAGGACGAAGGGGUCGUCGAAGAAGCUACUCGGGGACUACAGAAAAAGAUCAACCUAACUCGGCUUGGAGAACCUCGCUGGUUCUUGGGGAUUCACGCCUAUAUCGACAAGAUCGCGUAUAAGUUCCUGUUAAACAACGACAACGCCCCUGAGUCUCUCAAGCUCCCAGACACGCCAAUGAUCUCUGACGAAGAGCUCCUGCCAGCUACAAGCCAAGCAAAUGAAAGGGAAAAACAUCAGUAUCUCCAGAAGGUUGGUUCCGUGCUCUUCUCAGCAAUUUCAACGCGACCAGAUAUUGCGUUUGCCGUAUCCCGACUGGCAAGACAUAACCACAAUCCCGAUGAGAAGCACCAGAAAGCAGCAGACAGAGUUAUCCUCUUCCUCUUUGCAACGAGAUCACAAUUCAGUCGACAGGAAGAGCUCACAAGGCUACGUCAUGACCCUAUUUGGAGGAUCAGUGGCGAGAGCGUCAAAGCAAGCGACAGUCACGACGUCAAGCACGGAGGCUGA